AUGGUCUACAACCGUGUCGUUCAAAUUGGGCGCGUCGUCUUCAUCGCCAACGGAAAUGACCAAGGCAAACUCGCCACAAUCGUUAACGUUAUUGAUGGAAACAGAGUAAGUGUUUUUCACGAUGUCGUGAGUAAACUGAAACAGGAAUGAAAUAAAUGUGCUCUGUCACGUUUUUUGAUUUUUUGUGAAUUAUAAGGGAGGGAUUACACAGUAAAAUAUUUAGUUAUUAUUUUUGAUCGGGAAAUUUGCCGAAACAACUAAUUUUAAUUAAUCUCAUUAUUUUAGGUCCUCAUUGACGGACCAGCAUCAGGAGUUGUUCGUGGAGUCAGAAACAUCAAGGAUCUUCAACUCACCAAAUUCGUGACCAAGAUCCACGUUGGACAACGCACCAAGGGAGUCAAGGCCGCUUUCGAAUCCGCUAAAGUUGCCGAAGGAUUCAGUAACACUCAAUGGGCCAAGAAAAUCGCUCAAAGAGCUUUGGUUAGUUUUGUUUCGAAAUUCAAAAAAUAAAAAGGGGAAUUCCAUAUGAGUUAUGGAGUCUUUUAUUUUUCUUCCGACUAAUCGCUGGCCAAUCAAUAGUUGGUCAGAAGCCCGUAUCUGGAAAAGACAACGCAAAAAAGGAGACGCAGACCGGCGACUAACUCACGACUAAUCGCCGAAAUCAGUUAGCUCUGCGUUUCUCAUUUCUGCAUUAUCUUUUCCGAGAUUUCGGACCAACUACUGAUUGGCCAGCGAUUAGUCGGCUCGUUUGCCUGAGAUGUUUUUUUUCUGAAAAAUGAUUCAAUUUCAAUGUUUUGUCUCAAGUGCCUCAUUUCAAAAAUUGAAUUUAAAUUUCUUUUUGAAGUAUAAAAACUCAAUUUUGUAAAACUCGUAAUUCUCCCUCAUGAGUUUCAGUUUUUACAUGUUCGAGGAAAUUUAUUAAAAUAUUCAGAGGAUGUUCACAUAAAAACAAUUAUAUUUUUCCUAAAUGCAUAUAUGUUGUUUUCAGAGAGCGAAACUCACCGACUUCGAAAGAUACAAGCUUCAAAGAGCCAAGCAAUUGAGAAACAGAAUCGUCCGAAUUGAAUUAGCCAAAUUGAAAAAGGCUCAAAAGUAA